CCAAAACCAAAUCAAAAAAACUAGGCAACAAGGGUUCGAUGCAUUCAUCAGCCACCGAGGGAUCGACACAAAAAGAAACGUUGCAUUGUUGAUCUAUGAUUACCUCAAAUGUCUCAGGCUCCAGCCAUUCUUGGACUGCAAGAACUUGAAACCCGGAGAUGAAUUGAAGAAGAACUUAGACAUGGCAGUGCUCAAAUCUAAGGUUGGAAUUCCCGUGUUUUCACCCCAUUUUUGUGAAUCCUACUUCUGCUGUCAUGAAUUGUCCCUCAUGAUAGACUCAAACAAGAAGGUUAUCCCGAUCUAUUGUGACGUAAAACCUAAUGAGCUUAAGAUUAAGGCUUGGAGAAGCUGCUCCACAGAAGAUCUGGAAAGGUUUAAUCGAGCCCUCCAUGAGGCAAAAGAAAGGAUUGCAAUAACGUUUGAUACAUCCACGGGGAAUUGGUCCGAUUUCCUAGCAAAAGUUUCUGCUGCAGUCAAAGAGAACUUGGACGAGGUAGUAGAACUGUAGAAGGGGACACUCUGGAGCCAAAAUGCAUGCGAGUUGUUGAAGUUGUAUACUUGCCACC